AUGCCAUCAAUAAAACUCCACCCCCAAUCUUCAUCCCCCGCAAAAACAAGCAGCCCAGCCAACAACCCCCUCCCACCCCUCCUCCAAACCCCAACAGGCCUCGCCCUCCUCGAACUUCAAGGCACAAUCAACGUACCAACAACAGAACAUGAUCCAGCGGAUAUAUACAAACCACAGAGCACCGAUGACACACCCGCCUUCGAAACUCCGCUCGGAAAACUCAUGUUCCCGGACUACUCGGCACACACCCCGAAUGACUCUGCGUGGAUGAAGCGCGCUUACUUGUAUGUCGGUCGGUACCAGCGCAUGACGGGCGAGGUGAAGAAACUGCCGCGGCCGAUUGCGGUUCUGCGCAAGCGUUCAGAGGCAGAGGGCGAGGAGCUGGAGGUUGUGGAGAUUGUGCGCUAUAAGCUGUUCUUUAAGAAUCGGCCGGAGCCGGUGAAUGAUGUUUGA